UAAGUGGGAUCAUAAAUGUUUUGAUGUGAGUUGAAGUUCAUAGAACAACUUAAUACUUAUCAUGUUUUACUAUUUUGUAUAAACAAAAAGAGUUUUAAAAAUGUUGUGGUUAAUAAUACAAAUUUCUGUUACAUUAUUUAUUGGUUUAUUGGUUGUGCUAUAUUUACAACAAUUACAAAAAUCAAAGAAAAUACUACUACCAUCACCACCGUUGAUUCCACUUUUAGGGCAUGCUUUGGAAUUUGGUAGCACUGCACAAGAUAUUCAUAACAACAUUUUACGGCUUGUAAGUACUUACGGGAAAUUAUUUACAGUAUGGGUUGGUCCAUUUAAUCAGUAUUGUAUCAUAUCCGAUAGUGAUGUUACAAAUAAAAUUUUAUCGUCUACAAAAUUGAUAGAAAAAAGUGGUGACUAUGAUCUCAUUAAGCCGUGGUUGGGUGAUGGCUUAUUAAUCAGCAAAGGUACCAAAUGGUUUAAACGACGGAAAAUGUUAACACCGGCAUUUCAUUUUACCAUUUUAGAACAAUCAAUUAAUACAUUUACAGAGGCUUCAGACAGAUUUAUUGAAAAUUUGAAGAAACAUGUUAAUGGUGACACGUUUGAUGUAUACCCAUAUGUAACCCUUUUGGGAUUAGACAUUAUUUGCAAAACUGCAAUGGGAAUUGACCUAAACGUUCAAACACAACCUGAUUCAGAAUAUGUAACCGCCGUACGAGAUAUGUGCCGCAUAAUUUUUGAAAGAGUAUUCUCCGCUGUUCAACAGUCUGAUUUUAUAUUUUAUAAUUUUACUGCGAAUGGAAAAACAUUCAAAAAUGGUUUGGGUAUUUUACAUAGCAUGACAAAUAAAGUAAUUGAAGAAAGACGUCAGUUAUUAAUUAAUGAUAUAAAAAAUAAUGAAGUUAAAGAUAAUGGUCCUGAGAAAACCAAAGAUGACAUUUCUUUUGGAGAAAAGAAGGAAAAGAUGGUUUUUAUGGACGUAUUAUUAAAAUCAACAAUAGAUGGAAAACCGUUGACAAAUUCCGAUAUCCAGGAAGAAGUUGAUACAUUUAUGUUUGAAGGACAUGAUACUGUGUCUUCAGGUAUCAGUUUUACUUUAUAUUUAUUGGCAAAUCAUCCAGAAAUUCAAACUCGAGCCUUUGAAGAAGUACGAGACAUUUGUGGAGAUAAUUUAAAUGAUCAGCCAUCUUUAAGUGAUUUAAAUAAAAUGCCGUAUUUAGAAGCCAUCAUUAAAGAAUCAAUGAGAUUAUAUCCACCUGUACCAGUAAUUCUUAGAAACUUAAGUGAAGAUUUACAACUAGAUAAUUGUGUAUUACCAAAACAUACUCGUGCAACAAUCGUAAUAUACUGUAUCCAUCGCAAUCCUGAAUAUUUUUCAGAUCCAGAAAGUUUUAAGCCGGAGAGAUUUUUAGAAGAAACUCAGAAUAAAAACUAUUUUUCAUACGUACCAUUUAGUGCGGGGUCAAGAAAUUGUAUUGGUCAGAAGUUUGCUAUGUAUGAAAUGAAGUCAACAUUAAGUAAAGUUUUAAGGCAUUAUGAAUUGUGUUCAGCUGGUCCUCAAUUUGAUUUAAAAUUAGCUAUGGCAGUUAUUUUAAAAUCCCUCAAUGGUGUUAAUAUUAAAGUUAGACCACGUAUUUACAAAUAAAAUUUUAAGAAACA